UUUCCUCGGCGUUUUAUUCGUCUUCCCAACUAGGUGACAUUCAACGUCGCGAGACAACGCCUCAAGAGCGUAUUUACUAACCGUCCUGCAUCUUCGUCAUGGCUGGUUCUCAAACUUCAUUCAGCUAAGGCUCACAUCGUCCCGGCUGGGCUCAGUUAAAGUGGUUCGGUGCAAUUUCCCCCACCAAGCACAAUGUUCCCCACGUCAGUGAACCGGGGGGUGUCAUCCAGUCUGGCUGCUUCGAUGGGAAAGGGGCACCGGAGCCGCGUAUUCUAUUUACGAAUACAAUCCGUACGGCAAAGAAGCAUCUCACUUUUUCUUGAACGAGUUGCGGGUCGAUGUUCUUCAAGAAUUUGUAGGCGAGCUGACCUUCGAUCUUCAGAAUGGGCCGUCUGUUGUGCGAAAGACAACACCAAUGAUCUGAUCCUUUCUGCGUAUACUUGAGAGUGCAAAAAAAUCGGGUUGUCGCAAUGGCAUGGAGGGCCAACCGUCCGCCGCCGCCCAGCUCGGCCAAGCCGUUGCUAAAGGGCGUGCUGGCCGUCUUCAUUCUGACUCUCAUUUUGACGAGCACCUACAUGUAUCGCGACACGAUCAGCAGCAACGCUUCCCGGAUCAAGUUCACCGACGGCGCCGCGACAGACUACUUCGAAUACCCAUUCAACGCCAGCAACGCCGACGCGAACCCGAUCGACUGGCUGAUUCACGACGCGCGAACGAAACAAGCGGCGGUGCUUCGGAAACGAAGCCGCACGCUUCAUAAAGCGGCUCAACGCUAUCGAGAGCGAAGGGGCAGACAUCCGCCGCCGGGAUUCCAGGAAUGGUUCCGCAGCGCCAUGGACACCGAUGCGAUUGUUGUCGAAGACUUCUUUGACCGGAUCUACGACGAUCUCAGGCCGUUUUGGGCCCUCGAGCCCAAGACUAUCACGAAGCAAGCCAACGCCGGUGACCAUAUUGUGAGGGUACGAAACGGGACGGCGACUGGACAGGGGAACACGGAAGGAAAGGAGCCAUGGCUCGAGCUAUGGACGGCUCUGGUGGCCGAGUUUGCGCAACACCUGCCAGACGUGGACAUGCCCAUUAACUACAUGCAAGAGCCCCGGAUCUUGGUGCCGCGUAAGGAUAUGGAGAAGUAUGUGGCAAAGGAGGAGAAGAAGAGGGCUAUGCCCACGAAGAACAAGGCUACGAGUGUGUUCCAGAGCUUGGCUGGUGUAGAUGCGACGCAGGGCAAGUCUGCUUCUUCUGCGAAGUGGACCAGCGGCGACCGUCGCAAGUAUUGGGAUCUCGUUCGAGAGGCCUGCCCUGCAAAUACCCCAGCCAAGAACGUACCCGCUGCGACAGACCUUUCCCUCCCGCCAACCUUGCCAUACUCGUGGACGGCGCCCUUUGCUCGCCAAGGCUACGUCCAGAACUUCACGAGCUCCAUGGACCCGUGUGUGCAGCCACACCUCCGCUCGCUCCACGGGACCUUUGUCGAGCCGCUCAACGUCAACACCACGAGGGACCUUAUCCCCCUCUUCGGAGGCUCGAAACUCCGCGUCAACUCGGACAUCCUCAUCCCGGGCGCCAUGUACCUCUCCGACGACCCGUCCUACACCGGCGGCAACGUCCGCGGGCCCGCGUGGCCGGAGAAGCGCGACCGCCUUGUCUGGCGCGGCGCCGGCUCAGGCGGUCUCGCAAAGUCGGAUAACUGGAUGCACUUCCACCGCCAGCGGCUUGUGGAGAUGCUUAAUGGGACGACGGUACGCGGCAUGGAAGCCAACGACGUCCGGGCCAUGACGUUUGACAUGCCUCCCCUAGAUCGCUACGACACCAAGCGCCGCCGCGACAAGCGGCUCGGCGCGUUUCUUUCCCGGUUCGCGGACGCCGGGUUCACGCAGCUCCUGUGCGGGCCCAGUGCACACGACCGGCGCGGGGGGGAGGAAGAGUGCGACUGGCUGGCGCCGCACUUGUCCGUCGUCAACGGCACGCCCAUGGCCGAGCAGUUUGAGAGCAAGUUCCUGCCCGACGCGGACGGGUAUAGCUUCAGUGGGCGGUUCAGGGCGUUUAUGCUAUCGACGAGCGUGCCGCUCAAGGCGACGGUGUACGCCGAGUGGCACGACGACCGGCUCACGCCGUGGAUGCACUUUGUGCCGCUGGACAAUACCUUCCAGGACCUCUACGGCGUCUUGGACUUCUUUACGGAUGGCGACGAUGACGAGUCUCAAGGAUGGGGCGUCCACAAGGUGCUUGGGAAGAAGAGCAAAGGUGACGACGCGGCGCGGUGGAUCGCCGAGCAGGGAAAGGAAUGGGCGGACAAGGUGCUCAGGCGUGAGGACAUGCGGUUGUACGUCUGGAGGCUUUUGCUAGAGUUUGCGAGAGUCUGCGACGAACAUCGGGAUACGCUAGGUUACGUGGAUGACCUGCCGUAAAAGGUCUUGUUGAUGUUGUAUUCCCUUUCCUGCAUUUUUCUUUCUGGCAUGGUUUGCUGUACACGCAUAUAUACACUCUGGGAUAUACCAUGGGAAGUAAUCGACGGCGAAGGCGUUCAGGAAUGGGGAGUAGAGAAGAAGAAAAAAGUUCGCGGCAAGGUUUAGCCUUUGUACGCCAAGAGGGAAGAAGAGGAGACAACAUAUUGCAUUGAGCGUGAAGUAUAUACAAGACCUAGUUUUUUCGUCACCUCCGGCUUAUCUCGUAGUCGCAAUCCCACGAUUCCUUAUUGAAGCUUAUCU